AUGUCCAGAGGAGGAGGAGGAGGAGGAGGGAGCAUCAUUUGGAGAUGGACCAAGAAACUUCGACGACACCACCCCCAGGUUACGUCGUCUUCUUCUUCUUCAUCAUCUCCACCUUCAUCUUUAUUGGGUCAGGGAUGGACCAUCCAGAAUCAGGCCCGGACCCGCCACCAUAUCGGAUUCCUGAAUUGCCUAUUGCAGCUGAGAUUCAAGUCCGACCAUGUUGGCUCCGGCGGCGGUGGUUCUGACAACUACCACACCGUCCGAAGAAUCAAGGCGGAGGCCAACUGCCCACGGUGCUGCAAGCAAAUGGAGCUCUUUUUCACCAAUCGUAAUCCGAAUCUCAUUCCUCCUCCUCCUCCUACUACCCAUGAUGACGACGCCGGCGACAACAAGCGGCAGCAAGGUGACGUCAACAUCACCGGCUCUGAUUCUGAUAAGCCAAAUCAGUAUCAGGCUGUUAACCUCUGUCCAAAUUGCAAAACUGCCUACUACUUCCGGCCCCACAAGAUGCAGGGGCCCCUUCAAGGGAGCUUCAUUGAGAUUGGCAGGGUCAAGAGAAAUUCUAAUUCGUCAUCAUCAGAUAGUAAGAGAUUCAUGAUGGCUCAUGAGGAUGAUUGGGGGAAGAGGCUUAGGGCCUCUUUCUGGGAAACCUUCAAUUCUUAUGCAACUGAUUCUCCUCCUCCACCUGCUAACGGUAAUGGUAAUAAUGGAAAUGGAAAUGGGAUUGCUGUGCAUACCCCUCCAGGCCCGCCUUUUGCGCCUGGCCUAAAUGUCACUCGGGCUACAAGCAAAAAUAGUAACAAUGGAGACAAGAGUGGAUGUGAAUGGGGAGGGUCUAAUCUGGGAAAGAAUUUACCGACCCCGAAGGAGAUCUGCAAGGGCCUUGACAAAUUUGUCAUUGGCCAAAAUCGUGCUAAGAAGGUGUUAUCUGUGGCUGUUUACAAUCAUUACAAAAGGAUAUACAACGCCUCCUUGCAGAAAGGGUCAGGGAUGGAGAUGGGAUCAAAAGAUAAUGAUGACAAUGUAGAACUAGAGAAGAGCAAUGUCCUUUUGAUGGGACCAACUGGAUCGGGGAAAACACUGCUUGCUAAAACACUUGCCCGUUUUGUGAAUGUUCCAUUUGUGAUUGCUGAUGCAACUACAUUAACCCAGGCUGGAUACGUUGGCGAAGAUGUUGAGUCAAUACUUCACAAACUACUCACGUUCAAUGUUCAAGCUGCACAACAAGGAAUGGUGUAUAUAGAUGAAGUGGACAAAAUAACCAAAAAGGCAGAGAGCUUGAACAUCAGCAGAGAUGUGUCUGGGGAAGGGGUUCAGCAGGCGCUUCUGAAAAUGCUGGAAGGAACUAUAGUGAAUGUUCCUGAAAAAGGGGCCAGGAAACAUCCACGUGGUGAUCAUAUUCAGAUAGAUACCAAAGAUAUUCUAUUUAUCUGUGGUGGAGCAUUUGUUGAUUUGGAAAAGACAAUUUCCGAUAGGCGACAGGAUUCAUCAAUUGGAUUUGGAGCUCCGGUCCGUGCUAACAUGAGAACUGGUGGAAUUAGUAAUGCUGCAGUGACGUCAUCCUUACUGGAAUCUGUUGAAAGCAGCGAUCUAAUCGCCUACGGUCUCAUACCAGAAUUUGUUGGCCGUUUCCCAAUUUUAGUUAAUCUAUUGGCUUUGACUGAGGACCAGCUUGUUCGGGUCCUGAGAGAACCAAGAAAUGCUCUCUGUAAGCAGUAUAAGAAGUUAUUUAGUAUGAACCAUGUGAAGUUGCAUUUUACAGAGAAGGCUUUACGAUUAAUUGCGAAGAAAGCAAUGGCAAAAAACACUGGUGCCAGGGGUUUAAGAACCAUUUUGGAGAGCAUACUAAUUGAUGCGAUGUACGAGAUUCCUGAUAUUAGGAGAGGAAAAGAAAAAAUCGAUGCCGUUGUGGUUGAUGAGGAGUCCGUGGGUUCAUUAAAUACGACUGGAUGUGGAGGGAAAAUUCUUCGCGGAGAAGGUGCUUUGGAAUUUUACCUGGAUCAAAUGGGGAAAGCUGAUGAAUCUGAAUUAGAGCUAGGACGAAGUUCUGAAUCAGAGAUUUCGCCAACAGCGAUGCGCAUGUAG